AUGACACUACUUGCAUUUUACAAUUGUACGAAAUUGAAAAGAAACACAAACAAGUGUUCUAAUGAAAGAUCUGAUGAAGGAAGCUAUUCUUCUAAUGAAAACAACCCUCUUGAAGAAUCAACUUAUUGUUACUGUCACCAACAAGACGACCUUAUAUCUACUUGUUCGAACAAAAGUGAUUUUUCAAACAAGGAAACCAAUUUACAUUCAAAAGCUUAUCCAGCGUAUAUCUCUAAUAUUGAAAAUAUGUAUGAUUUAUAUUCCUAUAAUACAAAUACUUGUUCAUUAAGUGAUAAUCACGAAUAUUCAUCUAAGCAACCUUUAGAAAUUUAUAUUAUUACAAUGCCUUUAGGACAGAAAGACAAUUUAAGCUUUUACAUGAAAAAUGUUCUUAAUACAUUAGAAUACUUUGAUUCAGAUAUAAAAGAGAAUGAUAAAGCUUAUGAAAUUUUGGAAUAUAUUUACGAAUCAUUAAAAGAUAAACCUAGACAAAUGGCAAUUUUUAUUGCUUGUAGUUUUUUUAACACUGAAUUCUUUUCAAAAUUCAUUAAUGAAUCAGAUUCAAGAUAUUGUGCCAGAGGACUUAUGAUGUUAGAAGGAAAAAAAGAAUAUUCAGCGCUUACGAAAAUUUCUGGUGUUAACUUUUUGGAGUCUCCAGAGUUUUUAGAAGAGAUUAGUAGAUGUUCUGUUUACAAUACUAUUAAAGUGUGGACGAGAUUUAUGUUUGAUGCAACAAUGUCCUUAAAAGAAAUUUAUCAUGCCUUUGUUAUAGACAAAUGCGAUAAUAGCGACAUUGUACCUGGUUAUAAACAUUUUAAAAGUCUUGUAAACAAAUUAAUGGGAAUUAUAAAUAAUGAAUAA